AUGUGGUUCUCGAAGCGCAACCAGCGGGACAACGUUGCCUAUGUGAGCCUUUCCACGUCGCCGUCCUGCGAAGCGGCCGACACGUCGUGGGACGGCCACGAAGUAAGGCCAAAAAAGGGGCUUGGGGCCCGGUGUAGCCACCUCUGGAUCAUCGGGCUGUCUGUUUACUCUCUGGUUAUGACAAUACUUGUUUUGGUGACAGCCGAGGUCAAUCUUUGGCUCGCGACGCCUCUCGGGAGCGAUCCGAACGGCUUCGUCCCGGCCUCGGUGGGCUCGCCGCUGCGAUGGAGGACGUUUGUGCGUAACGAAAGCAACCCAUACCACAUACCGGAUGACGUGUUUGCGGACGAGAUCAGGAAGAGAGAGACGAUCAAGAGGCUGUUACAGACGCACUCUUCGGCGGUCCGCAUCAAUGGCCGCCAUGCCCGCUGGGUCCACGACGACGGCAGCGCAUCCAACUUGCAGGCAACGUUCACGCCGCCCAGCAUGGACCAAGACCAAGUUUACUUCAUACGGGGCCUGUACCAGAUGCGCUGCAUAAUUGUCCUACUGGAAGCCUACGGGACCAGCAUCCGCCGGCCGACAAAUAUCACUGACGCCACAUCCAAUAUUAACGCCAACGGAGACGGGGAAAAAGAAGACGAGGAAGAUGAAGACAGCUGGCACUGGCCGCCCGAGCACGUGGCCUACUGCCUCAACGUCUUGGCGGACGCUGUGCACUGCACGGCGGACGCGACGCCACUCUCCUUCGUCAGCGGCUUCGGGUCCGGACACCUGACGGACGGGCAGCAGGCGUGGUGCCGGGACUGGGAUGCCCUGCGCGCGUGGGCCGCGGACAGGCAGCGCGCCGUGGACACGGCCCGAGGAGGCACCGCGCUCAAGGGGGCGUUUGGCAGGUUGUGGCGGACCGUUUUGCCUUGA